AAUCUUUCUAUAAAACAUUGAACUAGAUUAAAAAAAUCAUUUUCGUUGCUUCGGAUGACAUCUCGUAAAACAUAAAAAUAGUAACAAUGUCAACCUGACAUGUAUUUUGUAUAUGAAGAAAAAUCCUCUGGUUGAUGAGAAAGAAUUUAUAUGUGGAUGGGCAGCUGCUGCAACGAAUAUAAUUUUAACAUACCCCAUUCAGAAAAUAAGUGCACUCCAAGUUAUUAAUCAUGAAAAUAUAACAUUAGCAAGUAAACAUAUAGUAAAUGGAUGGCACAUACGAUGGAUUUAUAGAGGAAUCUUGCCUCCCCUAUGUCAGAAGUCCCUCUCAAUAUCAUGUAUGUUUGGUUUCUACAACAAUCUCUUCAACUAUUUAACAAGGAAAAAUGUGAAACAUGCUAGAUUCUUGAGUGGACUGGCUUCAGGCACAAUGGAGUCUACAAUCAUGCCCUUUGAAAGAAUGCAAAGUAUUUUAAUAAAUAAGAAAUUCAACAAAAAAUAUAAAAAUAUGUUGGAUGUGAUGAUAAACUUGAACAGAGAAUAUGGAUUCAAAGAAUAUUAUAGGGGAUUCAGUUUGAUUUUCUUCAGGAACGUAUUGGGAAAUAUAUGUUUUUUCACAUUGAAACAUGAAAGUGAUUAUUACAUUUCAGAAUCCCUUGAAUCCCCUUUUUUCCAAAAUGUUUUUCGGUUUAUCCAUGGAGGUAUAAUUGGUGCUUUUCUAUCGACCAUAUUCUACCCACUGACUGUUCUCAAAUUAGAAUUGCAAAAAGAGGUUGGUACUAAACAUUUUUCACCCCUUAAGGCAUUCAAGGAUGUUUAUUCUAAUGAGAAAAAAUUAAGACAUUUUUACCGUGGGGGAUUCAUGAAUGGUGCAAGAUCGUUUCUUUCUUGGGGUAUAAUCAAUAGUUCAUAUGAAAUUUAUUCCAAAUUAUUGUUUGAAUAAAUUAUACAAUAUACAUUUCUACAAUUAUGCUUGUCAAUUUCCCAGGAAGAAUAUAUUUCUGUUAAUUUAAAGACAACUUGGAAGUUGUAAACUAUCACUUCGGCAAGGAAUUUCUUGACAACUAUGGAUGAUGCUAAUAUUGCUAAUGCUUAUGUCUUGGUCAGUCACAUGGUUAAUUCAUUUGAAUAUUUUGUCCGAAGUUUAUUGCGAAUGGUAAAUUUCGUGCACUUCAGUCCGCGAACUGAUUACGAAUGCAGCUUAAAGCCUAGACUGUCCAGGAAGAAUUGAUUUGACCUAGAGAAUUGGAGGAGUUUGUAAUUUUCUCCACCUUGAAUGUAAUAACUGCUUCCUUAAGGGCAGAUGAGAUGGUUGCAUCGUCUCGUUCUGAUUUUCUACUAAAUAUUCUCAAAAAAAAAAUUUGUUUUUUCUAUUCAUAUAAUGCACCAACAAAACAAAGAUUUUGGUAUUCUGUUAUAAAAUUAGUCAAUUUAUUGUACAUUUUAUUACUCCUUACAGAUUAAAAUAAAUAAAAUGAGAAUCACACUUA